AUGGUUUCCUUCACCACGAUCGCCGCUGUCCUAUCUUUCGCCGUGCAAUACGCCAUUGCCUUCAGCGGAGACCUAACUUACUACACACCCGGCCUCGGAUCUUGCGGCGAGACAAACACAGAAACGGACAUGGUAGUCGCGCUAUCGCCCGUCCAGUUCACCACAGAUCCCCAGGCCUGUGGCAAGAAGAUCCAAAUCCACAUGGGCGACGCAACCGCAACCGCCACCGUUGUCGACAAGUGCCCCGGCUGCAGCGCCGACUCCAUCGACGUCUCGCCUGCCGUCUUCCAGUCCCUCGCACCUCUGACCGUUGGCCGCGCCAAGGUUGAGUGGGACUACGCUACAUAA